GGGACGUAAGAUGCGCCUUCACCCAGCUGUGUCCGGCAUUCCUAACCAGUUUUGUUCCCACAUAGCUAUACAUCUCUCUCUCGGGAAAUUCCAGAAAAUCAAUUUCCGAAAUGCUGCUAAACUUAAUAUAUGGUAUGCUGGAGACCAUAUCCAAUGCAAUCUACACGACCGUGGCCACCGUUUGGAGUGUUGAACAGGCCGUGAUCAACCUGAUGAUGUCCACAUUUCUGUUUGCGCUGAGCGUAGCUUGCCAUCCCCUGAUGGUAAUUCCCAUGGUGAUGGGCGGCUAUUACAUUUUCCGCAACUGCUGGUACCGUCGCGUCAAGAGCCCUAGGCUGGAGCACUCUUUCGAUGGCGAUGGCGGGCUGAAGGCUGGGAUCCGUAACAUGACACGUACUCCUCGCCUUCCCUCCUAUCGCAGCUUAGGGAACCUCUCCAAACUUGAGAACGAUGCAUCCACUGAUAACUGAGCAAAAGGAUGCAGCAAGACAGACACUCACUUGAUUUCCUUGGGUUUAUAAUCUUCAGAAACACUGAUAUGAAAUACAUCUACGAUUGCGCUCUAAGAUUA